ACAAAUUCAAAACAUUUUCAAAACUCAUUAAACCAGACCAUCAAACUGUUUUUGCCGCAUACAUUAAUAAUCUUUAAGAAUACUUUGUUUUGUGAUUUAUGAGGAACUGAAAAAUAUGAAGAAUAUUGUAGCAUUACUAUUGAUAGCUACAUUUAAUUCGUGUUUAGCAAUAUGGUGUUAUCAGUGUUCAUCAGCCACUCCUGGGUGCACAGAGCCAUUCAAUUGGAGGGGAGUAGGUUACUUAGGAAAUCCAUGUCCAGAUAAUGACGAUUAUUGUAUCAAAUUAAUUGAGAGGAAAGGAGCACAAACAGUAAUCACAAGGGAUUGUUUGAGCAACUUUCGGGCAUUCCGGACAGACAUUCCAGCUGAUACAUAUGAGGGGUGCAGACCUGCAGCAAAAGAUGUCAAUCUGGCAAAUUAUGUUAAUAACUCUAUUAAAGAACUGGACAUAAAGAGAGACUGGUAUGAUGAGACAAUAUGGUGUUUCUGUUUCCUUGACCAUCGAUGUAAUGGUGCGGCAAAUGUUUCCACAUCAAUGGCGUUACUAAUGAUUUCUAGUAUUGUAUUGUUCACAAAUCUAUUGGUAUUUUGAUAUUCUCUUACAUAUCAAAUAAAUUUUAACACAUGACAAUAUGAAUGUUUCACCAAAUAAGUACUUUUAAGAAAUCAAUAUCUCCAGUUGUAUAAAUAUAUUAUAUUUUAUACAUUAAGAAAACUAAGUUUUGUAGUCAACUGUAAAAUACUUUUAAAUAUAUGAUGAAUUAUAAUACAUUGAAAAACCUUUACCCACAUAAUUGCUAUUGCCAUUACAGUACAAAUAUUCAAACACAUCUUUUUUGGUUUUAUGAUUAAAUAUAACUAUGUUUUCAAUCAGUUUUUUAUAGGUAUGAUUCUAAGUUAUUUUACCACAUGAAGUUCAUUCUCUCCCAUUUCAAUGGGAACAUUUAAAUUUUUUUAACCAAUUGUUACCUGAGUUUAAAAGAACCCCAGUGCAUCACUCUUUUAGUUUUAGUAACUACGGCUGUGCAUUUAUAAUGUCAGUCAGUGGUUCUGCAUUUUAAUUUUUUAUGUAAAGAAAAGGGUGUAAAACUUAAUGCAAAAGUUAGUAUAAUUGAAUAAUUUUUCUUAUGAAAGGCAUAUUUAUAGACAAUUUUGAGUUUUAUGGUAUAAAAAAUUAAUAGUGCAUAAAAAGUAGCUAAAAGAAUAUCAUUUUUUUUUAUUUGUUUAACUAAGUACUAUUAUAUAAUAUUUUUUUUGGGGGCCUUAUUUUUAUACUACCAAAAAAUAUUAAGUAAACUUAGUAUGACUUUUAAAAAGUUAUGGCAAGAUCAUUUAGAAAAUAUAUGUUUAGUAUAAAAAAAACCAGAUCUUAUAGCAGAGGUAACUUUUGUAUUAUAUUUAAGUUGCAUAUGAAAAUAAGGUAUAUAUUUAAAUACUUAUUUCUAUAUAUACAUGGUAAUGCUGUUUUAUUAAGCUUAUAUUAUUAUAAUGAUUCCUGUAAUUACUCCGUCCAUUUUCUAUAGUUGAAUAGAUAUGUUUUUAUUAAUAAAGUGAUUAUUGUAUAA